CUCAGCUGGGUCCUGCCAGGCUGUUUGCAGAGCAGGGCCAGCCUAAGUAGAAUAUGUUGGUCACUGGGUUCUUUCUUUCUGGGUGCUUUUCCCUGCCUAAGAUGUCUGCAUGGCCACCCCCUCCUGCCAUAUCUGGAAGCGUCACCAUCCCAUCUGGGGCAGGGGGUUGGACCUGAUGAUCUGUAUAGGUCCCUUCUGACCCUAAGUACUAUGAUACUAUCCCUCAUGCCACCCCUGCAAGGCCUGCUGCCCACUGUAUUGGGAGGUGCAGAGGCAAUUGACUUGCCCAAGUCAUCCCAGGCACUUAUGCCAGAGCAGAGGAUUUGAAUUCAGGUUCCGUGAGCCCUGGGUUGGAUCCCUGACUGCUUGACUGGUUUUCUCAGUGAGGCUUUGCCAAACACUUUGCUGAUUUUCAAACCAUCUCAUCCCUUUGCCUCCACCUUCACAGUUUUUCUCUCCACAGACUUUGCAUCUCCAGACACAUUUGUGUGUGUGUCUUCUCCCUGUGUUCCUGAGGGUAGAGCAGAAAGAUCCUGUUCCCUGGGCUGGGCACGCCAUGGCUCUGACCCCCAAGGGCUAUGCUACCCACAGCCUUCAGGCUGAGGAGAAAUUAAACAGCAAGAGAAAGGAGAAGGCCUGGCCACCGGCCGUUGGGAUGAAGCUGGAAAUCAUCACCCCUUUCCUGGGUGUGCACCGCCCCUUCGUGGGACGCUGCUGCCAGAUCUGCACCCCUAGGAGCUGGGAAUCCUUUUUCCACAAGCAUCUUCACUCCUUGGGCUUCCACAAUGCCAUCCGGGUGACGGAGGAGGACACCAGGUUAGAAGGGGCAAGGGUUAGAUGGGAGAUCUUUGGGCCAUGCCUCUGUGCUGGA